GCAUGAUUUAGACUACGAUUAUUAAAGCCCUUCCCUCAUAUCACACAUCUGUAAUGAGUUUAUAAAUCUCAAUAAGUUCUAAACCUUAUGACACAAGUAUUUAGACUGGAAUUCAAAACAUUGUAGUAGUAAGACUACUUUCGCAAAUGCAACUAGGAUCAUGUGCCUGUUAAAUAAGUUCUACUUUAUCAGUGAAUUUCAUAUCGUAUUAUGAAGGCUGCUAUCCAAAUAAAGAGGGUUUUAAUAAAAGAGCUGGACCAUAUCCUAAAUGUAGCUUCACUAUUUUGUCUUAGUUGAUACUACAAAAUAUAUUGCUGUUAAUAUGA